AUGCUAAAGCGGUGGAUUCGCGUCGUCUAUGCUAUUACAGCCGAAGAAAGGGAGGAGAAAUGGAAGCAAUUUAAAGAGCGCUACGAAGAGCCGAUUUUUGAGCCUUUACUCGAAUAUCUACAGAGUGAAUGGCUAGACGACUGCCCCGAGUAUUUCCUUCAUGAAUACACCUCUGAAUACCUUCAUCUUAACGAGAUUUCGACCUCUCGGACCGAGGGAGCUCACUGGCUGCUUAAGCAGGACCUUCAAGUCUCGACUAAUGAUCUACUGGUUGUUCUCCGCACCUUUGAGAAUGCUGUAAAGCUUCAAUUUCAAAAGGUUACCGCUAAGAUCGAGAAUGAGAAGUACGAAGUGGAGAAGAAGAGCUUUAAGCCUGAGUUAUUCCAUCAACACUGGUAUUUGUACAGUGUCUCUACGCCUCCUAUUGACCCGCUGCUUCUACUCCAGGAUCCCCUCCAAGUACGCCGGCGAGGACGCCCCCAAGGCGCUAGGAACUUCAUCAGCGGCGAAGGCACCUAG